UUCUUGAUCCCUUCCUCGCGUUUAUUUCAAUUAAUUGAGAAUGCAACCAAUUUAUGAAACAAAGUUCGUAUUUUUAUGACUCUAUCCUGUUGGAAAGAAAUCAUGUAAUUAAGACAAUUGAUCACAAAUUGAUUCUUACCAUAGCUAGAUUAUCUCCUUACCAUAUGGAGGGAUUGAUUGUAUCUAUAAGAAUUGUAACCCUAGCACACAAUAAUUGUGCAAUACAUUCAUAGAAUUACCGAUCCUUAAUUCUUCAUGGUAUCAGAGCAGGAAAAAGAUCCUCGGCUCAGAAAAAUCUCAUCAUCGCCGUGUAAUACCCCUCUCGGCCUUCACCUAAAAUCAAACACAAUCAACCUCAACCAAAAUGUCAGACGGGGCAGAAGAGAAGCCAACGACAGAAUCCUCAACAUUGAGGACAAACAAGAACGUUACCGUGGCGUUCAAAUUGAACGGGAAGAAUUACCCGUUAUGGUCGCGCUUAAUGAAAGUCGCGAUAGGGAGCAGGAGAGGAUAUACGAAUAUCCAAGACAAGCCGCCGGAACCCGGCAGUAAGGGUUACCACGAGUGGGAGGAGACAGACCUCGUGGUCUUCUCGUGGAUUAUCGACAACGUCGAGCACGAUAUCAUUGCGGAUUUUGCCCACCACCAAACGGCCAAGGCGUUGUGGGAUAAUCUCGCAAUUACGUUCGAAGGAAAGGCGGAUCCGUAUCAAAUAUACGACCUGGAGGACAAGAUAACAUAUAUGAGACAGGGAAAUCUCGACGUGGAAACAUAUUACCGUCGCCUCCACGGAUUGUGGAUUAGCAUUGAUCGAACUCAAAAACAACCGGUCACAUGCUGCGAUAAAGGGAUCGGGCAGUAUCGACAACACGCGAAUGACAAGAGGCUCAUCAAAUUCCUCACGGGCCUAAAUCAAGAGUAUGAUCACAUCCGACGGGAGAUCCUCAAGGAACAGCCGUACCCCUCGGUCGAAGAGGCCUACGGUUGGGUGAAGAAGGAGGCGGCUCGACAACGGAUCAUGCCACCGGCGUCAACUCCACCCACCGGAGACCCCUCUGGCAUUGGAAGUGCCGAUUCGUCAUCGGGGGAGAUAGGCUACGGAUUCAGGGCACAGAGAGAUCGUCCGAACAACCGAGGGAGCCAGCAGCGUCCGCCACCAGCCGGAAACCACCACCAGACCGCAGGUAACGGAGGGAGGCCGGACAAAAGCAAACUGUGGUGCUCCCAUUGCGGGAAAACCAAGCAUACGAGGGAGACUUGCUUUCUCCGGGUAGGUUACCCGGAAUGGUGGGAUGAGAAACAGCGAGCACGAGCCCAAGGAAAGCUCGCCGCCGUCGGAGUCGCGGAAAUCAGUCAGCGACAGGCCCCAAAUCAGAACCGAGAAGGGGCGAUCGAUGGAGGAAAUUCAGCCGGUAAUACUCCCCAGCCAGAAAUCGGCGGUGGCGGUGGUAGCAGCGGCGGCGGGAGCGGCAUCCGGAUCGGGAAUUUUGUGGAGCGAACCAAAGCAGGGACCGAGAGCUCAAAUUGGAGAAAUGGCGGAGGAUAUUCGGACGAGGAAGAUCAUUGGGCGUGGCACUGAGAACAGUGGACUCUACUACGUGGAUGGGGUAGUUCAACAUGGCAGUGCAAUGCUAGCUCACGGAUCUACAAGAGAAGAGGCUUGGCUGUGGCACAAAAGAUUAGGACACCCUUCUUAUG